UCUGCCGCGCGAUCGCCUGCGCGCGCGCGGAGGGCCGCGCUGCUGUGCCCGCGCAGCUGGGCGAGCUGCCGGUGCUGGCCUUGUCCGCGCUGCCUGCCUCCCCGGGCGUCCCCGUACUGCUGCGUGGUCCGGCAGAGGGAGGAAGCAAAGUUCCUGCAGCCGGGCAGAAACCGGAGCGUUGCCCUACGGAUGUGACAGCCUGUUCUAUUUGUUUGUAAAUGCAUCAUAAACAGACAGCCCAGAAUGAAGAAAGCAAGCAGGAGUGUUGGCUCAGUGCCCAAAGUGCCUGGAGUAAAUAAAACUCAAACAACUGAAAAAAACAAACUAGAAAACGGCUCCUCGGUGUCUGCGGUAACAAAACUCUCAAAAACUGGGACAUCAGCAUCCCUUUUGAAGACUAAGAGUAAUGAUGACCUCUUAGCGGGGAUGGCUGGUGGUGGUGGAGUGACAAUGACCAAUGGUGUCAAGGCAAAGAAGAGCACUUGUGUAUCAACAGGAUCUUCAGCUUCAGGGACCACCAUGAACAGUCUGGAAAAUAAACCAAAAACUGUUGCAGGUACAAGUUCCACAACUAAGCGUAGCACUUCAUCUGGAAAUAAAGAGUCAAGUUCUUCUAGGGAGAGAAUACGUGACCGUUCCCGUUUGAGCCAGAGCAAAAAGCUACCUUUGGCUGGGCAGGGGACCAAUGAUAUGGUACUGGCAAAACGUUCUCGUAGUCGUACCAAUCCAGAAUCGGAUAUUCGAAUGAGCAAGUCCAAAUCAGAUAAUCAGAUCAGUGACAAAGCUGCUUUGGAAGCAAAAGUGAAUGAUCUUCUGACAUUAGCAAAAACUAAAGAUGUGGAAAUCUUGCAUCUGAGGAAUGAACUAAGGGAUAUGCGUGCUCAACUGGGACUUAAUGAAGAUCAACUUGAAGGUGAUGAAAAAUCUGAAGAAAAGGAGGCCAUUGUUGUCCAUCAGCCCACUGAUGUAGAGUCCACUUUGCUACAGUUACAGGAGCAAAACACUGCCAUCCGAGAAGAGCUCAACCAGUUGAAAAAUGAGAAUCGAAUGCUAAAAGACAGGUUAAAUGCAUUAGGCUUUUCUUUGGAACAGAGGCUGGACAACUCUGAAAAGCUCUUUGGCUAUCAAUCUUUGAGUCCAGAGAUUACAGCUGGCAACCACAGUGAUGGUGGUGGUACUCUGACAUCUUCAGUGGAAGGUUCUGCCCCGGGAUCAAUGGAAGAUCUGUUAAGUCAAGAUGAAAAUACUUUGAUGGACAAUCAACAUAGUAAUUCAAUGGAUAAUUUAGACAGUGAGUGCAGUGAAGUUUAUCAGCCACUGACAUCAAGUGAUGAUGCCUUAGAUGCUCCGUCAUCUUCAGAGUCUGAAGGUGUACCAAGUAUAGAAAGAUCUAGGAAAGGAAGCAGUGGCAAUGCCAGUGAGGUGUCUGUAGCUUGUCUUACAGAACGGAUACACCAGAUGGAAGAGAACCAACACAGUACAGCGGAAGAACUCCAGGCAACGCUUCAAGAGCUUGCAGAUUUACAACAAAUAACACAAGAGCUGAACAGUGAAAAUGAAAGACUUGGAGAGGAGAAGGUAAUCCUUAUGGAAUCUUUGUGCCAGCAAAGUGACAAAUUAGAGCACUUCAGCCGGCAGAUUGAGUAUUUUCGGUCCCUUUUAGAUGAACACCAUAUCUCAUAUGUAAUUGAUGAAGAUAUGAAAAGUGGUCGCUAUAUGGAGUUAGAGCAACGUUACAUGGAUCUUGCAGAAAAUGCUCGCUUUGAGCGAGAGCAGUUGUUAGGUGUUCAGCAACACUUGAGUAACACUUUGAAGAUGGCAGAACAAGACAACAAGGAGGCCCAAGAAAUGAUAGGGGCUUUAAAAGAACGGAAUCACCACAUGGAACGGAUUAUUGAAUCAGAGCAGAAGAGCAAGACAGCAAUAGCAUCUACCUUAGAGGAGUACAAAGCCACAGUAGCCAGUGACCAAAUUGAAAUGAACAGGUUGAAAGCUCAGUUAGAGCAUGAAAAGCAGAAAGUGGCUGAGUUGUAUUCUAUACACAACUCUGGAGAUAAAUCAGAUAUACAAGACUUGCUAGAGAGUGUCAGACUGGAUAAAGAAAAAGCAGAGACAUUGGCCAGUAGUCUGCAAGAAGAGCUGGCACACACUCGCAAUGAUGCCAAUCGAUUGCAGGAUUCCAUUGCUAAGGUUGAAGAUGAAUACAGAGUGUUCCAAGAAGAAGCCAAGAAACAAAUUGAGGAUCUCAAUGUAACUCUAGAAAAACUUCGGACAGAGCUGGACGAAAAAGAGACUGAGAGAAGUGACAUGAAAGAAACUAUUUUUGAGCUGGAAGAUGAAGUAGAGCAGCAUCGUGCUGUGAAACUUCAUGACAAUCUCAUCAUAUCUGAUCUGGAGAAUACCGUUAAAAAGCUUCAGGACCAAAAGCAUGACAUGGAAAGAGAAAUAAAGAAUCUUCACAGGAGACUCCGGGAGGAGUCAGCAGAAUGGCGUCAGUUCCAAGCUGAUCUACAGACUGCAGUGGUUAUAGCAAAUGAUAUAAAAUCUGAGGCCCAGGAAGAGAUAGGAGACCUAAAGCGUAGAUUGCAUGAAGCUCAGGAGAAAAAUGAGAAGCUCACUAAAGAGUUGGAGGAAAUAAAGUCACGCAAGCAGGAAGAAGAACGUGGUCGAGUGUACAAUUACAUGAAUGCUGUAGAAAGAGAUUUGGCAGCCCUGAGACAGGGAAUGGGGCUGAGUCGCAGAUCGUCUACUUCCUCAGAGCCAACUCCUACUGUAAAAACACUCAUCAAGUCAUUUGACAGUGCCUCCCAAGUUCCAAGUCCUGCUGCUGCCACAAUUCCUCGCACUCCCCUGAGUCCAAGCCCCAUGAAAACUCCCCCAGCUGCUGCUGUGUCCCCUAUGCAGAGGCAUUCUAUAAGUGGACCCAUCUCAACUUCAAAACCCCUUGCCACCUUGACGGACAAGAGACCAAGCUAUGCUGAAAUCCCUGUUCAAGAACACUUGUUGAGAACAUCUUCUACCAGCAGGCCAGCAUCUUUGCCGAGAGUACCUGCUAUGGAAAGUGCCAAGUCUAUUUCGGUUUCUCGAAGAAGUAGUGAAGAAAUCAAAAGGGAUAUCAGUGCACCUGAUGGAACAUCUCCAGCCUCUCUCAUGGCAAUGGGUACCACCUCACCACAGCUCUCACUCUCAUCUUCUCCUACAGCAUCAGUCACCCCUACCACCAGAAGUCGAAUAAGGGAAGAAAGGAAAGAUCCCUUGUCCGCCCUAGCAAGAGAAUAUGGAGGAUCCAAGAGAAAUGCCUUACUGAAGUGGUGCCAGAAAAAAACAGAAGGAUAUCAGAAUAUCGACAUAACAAACUUCAGCAGUAGCUGGAACGAUGGCUUGGCUUUCUGUGCAGUGCUCCAUACUUACCUCCCAGCCCAUAUUCCAUAUCAAGAACUAAACAGCCAGGACAAGAGAAGAAAUUUCACUUUGGCUUUUCAGGCAGCUGAAAGUGUUGGCAUCAAAUCUACUCUGGACAUCAAUGAAAUGGUGCGAACUGAGCGUCCAGACUGGCAGAAUGUCAUGCUGUAUGUUACAGCAAUUUACAAAUACUUUGAAACCUGAAAUCCUAGAAAUUCAACAGACUUGUGGGAUAGAACCGACAUUAGCUACCAGAUGGAAAUCUUACUGAAAUGCUAAUCUCCAUUUCACUGAAAACUGGCAACGUUUUGAGUCCUCAAACUUCCGUGACAUGAUCCUGGAUUGCCUCAAGUUGCUUCAGUUCCUAGGCCUGGAAACACCUGUUUGAAAGCAAGAACUUGUUGCCACACUGCUUGGAAUAACCCAAGUUAUUAAGCUAUCUGGAUUAACUAUGUAGUUAAAAAGCCUGGACUACUUACAUGCUGCCUUUCCAGACAGACUUUCUGAAGCUUUCUUUCCUAAGAGAGUGAGAUGAACGCAUUGUCUAGUGUGCAGGAGACUAAAUGUGCAGCUAAAGCUUUGAGAAGGAAAAGAAUAAUACGGCAUCAUAAUACUGAACUUUCUGUAAUGUCCUGAUACCACAGAGUCUGAAUAUUCUACCCACAACUUAUGGCACUCCAAAUGCAGUAGAAUUCUUAGUGGUAAUUUAGUUACUGCCUUUAUAGCUAUAUUUUCCUUCCUUUAAAAUGUGCACAAUAUUCUAGGAGAACAAGCUUUUAUUCCAUAAUGUCAACUUGACUGAAAAGUGCUCUUGAUACCUCGAAGAAUUUGGCACAGAAGAACUCUUCAUUACAAAGCUUCAUUAUAAGCCUACCUCUGUCACAGUGAUGUGGCUUCCAACCUUAUCUUAUGGAUUGUAAGGACUAGCUCAUACAACUCCUGUUUUUCAGGGUACGGUAUGCUUAAAGGAAUCCAUCAUAAAACCUCCCUGUGCUUCCAUUAUAGCAGAGAUUAAUCAAUAAUCUGCCCUUGUAUUGCUUGUUCUUUCCCCUCUUCCUCCUUUGCCUGUGUAGCGUAGCGCACACAACCACCGCCGGCUUUACUUUACAGCAAUACGAGCAUACGUCAUGAAUUUCUGUGGUAGAAUUUUGGAACUGGAAUAGCAUUUCCUCUUCAAAGAAGAUAGUUUCAAUAAGAUGUAAUAAUGAAGUAGCUUGUCUCAAAAUCUAGCUUUGCAGUAUUUCCUGUGUAUUUUUUACUGAUCUUGCACAUCUUCAUCUGGUUGACAGAAGGUGAGAUGUUUUCAGACAAGAAUUGUGGAGGUAUACACCUAGUAGCCUGCAAUAUUGUGUGGAAAAGAGUCAUUGUCACAAGGAAGGAAUUGAGAAACUUUAGUCUGGUCAACUUUUGUUUUCCUAGAAUGCACCUGAAUUCAUGUAACAACUCUUGGGCAGAAGAGUUCGUGCAAGUGCCUUAGCUAUCAUUGAUUUGAUGCAUCCUGGCACUUCAGGGCCUUGUGCAGAAUGUUAACAGCUCCAAAUGAUUUCCUUUAUCAAUUUGUCAUAAGCUGUUAAAAUGUUUAUUGUAAUCUUGUUUGUCAAAUCAAGGGAAGGCUUCACUCUACCAUUGCUUCUGCCUCUUAUUUUCCUGAAUACUCAUUAACAUUUCAGCCACAGUUGAACAUCCCUCAUUAAUAUUAAGCAGAAGCCUACUUCAGAAGCGAGUUCUGUGACAACUGCUAUGUAUAAGCACAUGCUCUUUCAACACAGUAACCCUGUUAUAAACGAAAUGCAUCUGCCAUUUCUUUGAUGCUUUUAUGACUGUUAAGGACCUGUUUGAAUGUCAUAGAUGUUAACCCAGUGAAUGCAGCUGUGCUUGGCAUCUCCAAGACUUCAUCAUGGUAUAAAAGCACAGAUUUAAGUCAUUAUUGCCAAAUCCAAAAAGCUAGAAUCUGAAGAACAUGGACCAUGUGAAGAGUAAAAAUUCAGUGUGUUUCUAGCAACUAGCAUUAUACAGAGUUAUGGAUUAUAAUGCUUACAUUGAUGUGUCUAUAAUGGAGAGAAUACAGUAAAAAUGUACCCGUGAGAAUUAUGAAAAAUUGCUAAAUAACUAUUUAAUCCAUUCUGAGAGCCUUUGGAGAAGUUUUCAGAGCAACAGUGUCUCAAAUACUGUUACUAUUCUUUAGGCUGAACAUUCCUAAAAGUUACAUACCCUCAGAUUAAUUGGUACAUUGGAGGAGCCAGCAUAGUCUAAAGGCUUAAAGUGAAAAAUCUUCAUCAUCAGAUUUUAAUAAAAGUCUGAAAUAAAUUUCAAUUACAUUUUUUUCUAAUAAUUUUGUUUACCACAUUUUUCAAAUAAAGGCAAAAAAAGAAGAAUCCUGUUGAACAUAUAUAAAUUAUUGCUGUCUCAGAUUUAAUUACUUAAUUCCCAUUUUUGCACACUUGUGCUUAAAACCUCUGCUCUUCCUUUGGACAGACAUCCCUAUCAUCCUUCUCUAUGAUUGUCUUACUGCCUUGGCACUGAAGAAAAUAUUUUUCUAAUGAAAAAGACAGCAAUUCUUGGUCUAAAUUUACGCAUGACCUAUUUUGUUAAUGUAAUUUGAGGUUAAAGUUGUUUGGGGGGGUAGAUUUCUUGGGGAAGGGGGUGCAAUGUUCAACUGCAUCUAUGUAGAGUCUUGUAUGAAUACUUAAUUGAAGUAACACUAAUGAUAUACCACUUUUAAAAGGCUUUACCAACUAUUUUCAGUUUAAAAAGUCGAACUUUUUGUCUGCAGAAAGAGAGAAGCUAUUAGUAAUUAUAUAUUGCAGCAGGGGGAGCACCUUAAUUUGAACUCUGGAGCUCUGGAUUUUGUUUUUUGAUGUGACCUGUCUGAUAACCUUUUACUGAAGUCAUAUCUGUAAAGGAUUAUCAGGCUCCGUAAGAAGGAUUUUUUUUAUAGUGGCAUAUCUGAGCCUGUACAAAUCAGAUGCUGCACUGCUCUCAGAAUGAAAGCAGUGAAGCAGUGGAAGAUCUAAAGCAAACAUAAUGCCCUGCUGCACUCAACAACACAGUGUUCCUGAAAGUUCAAACAAUAUUUCUUUUUUCAAGUGGAAGAAUAGCUCUAGCCUUUCUGAAUCUGUAGGAUACUGCUCUACUCUGUUCCUGCUCUUACUUAAUCCUGAAAGAGCCUGUCACUUUGUGCUUAUGAAGUGCAAGUUUCUUCUGAUUUCUGCUGAUUUUCUUUUUUUUUCUUUUAAUCCAGCAAAUAUUUUUGAAUGUACUAACAAAGGCCAAAUAUUUUGUCAUCAAGUUUUAUUAUUGUGUUUUAAUAUGUGCCUUGCAAGUGCUUGUGCUAUAGUUUAUCAGGGUUAUUCAUUGCCAACUGUAAUUGGUGGAGGAACAAAACGUAGGUGUCAAACAUACUGAUGCUGAUAUAACUGUGUGAUGUUCUGAAUCAUGUUAAUUGAAGCACAUUCCGCAGAGUACACAGAUGUCAAUUUAGAGCCAAGCGUUUAUUAGGUUUGGCUAGUUGUCACCCUGAUGAGAGAUCAUCAGCAAUGAACUGAAUGAACAAUUGUGGGAUUUUCUUUACCAACAAGAAGGGAUGGGAGGAAUAAUUUAAUUUUGAUUAUUCAGGAAAAUUCUAUUGGAAGUUUUGGUAUGGAAUAUUUAACAGUAACAACAGAAGUGAAGUGACUCCAACUGAAUUACAUCUUGUUUUUUAGUCAUCUUGUGUGUCUAAGUGGAAACACUAAUUCAGUAGCAGCGGUGAAUCUCAGUGGCACUUGUAAAGACCUCUCACACUCAUGCCUCUGAAGAGUUGUGAGCGAAAUUUUCCCUUUUGAAAUUGCACUUGUAGAUAAGCUAUCCAGAAUACCACACUUAAUAAUUACAGUAUAUUCUGAUUUUAAAAGUAGGCUUUUUGCCUCUUUUCAAUGAAAUAUGUUGCUGAAGUUUUAUCAGAUCAUUUCUGAUAAAUUUUUGUCUCCAGUUUUCUAAAAUAUUUCCACUGUUAGUGUGUUUUUCUGAAAAGUCCACUGUCGUGCUUAAAGGGUCCCUUAACUUGCCUGAGCAAAAUAAACUCAGCUUUGCUGUGUUGGUAUAAACUCAGAUCGAUAGCACUGACCCCAGUCAGACUCUGGUUUUAUAUGCAUAAACAGGAAUGAAUUUGGCCCUUGCUACAUUGAUGCACACUGGUACAGUGGUUUAAACUGCUGAAGAUGUGCCUUUAAAAACAAAAAAGUUCUCAUUGGUGUCUCGUUUCAGUUAACAACCUCAGUGUUAAAUAUUUAUCUAUUUGUCAGCUCGCUCAUUCUGCUCUUCAGGCAGUAGAAAAUCGGCCAUUUGAAUUCUGUUGCAUCUUUUGCGUAACGAAAAUUCUACUGUUACUCAUUUUUCUCAGUUUCUGUACAGUUUUGACCCACGGUUCAUGUUUUAUAAUUAUGGCCCAGUUUUAAAGGAGGUAUGGAGAACUUCUGGAUUGUUUCUUACUUUCCACGUCCUGCUCGUGACCAUCUUGCCGUGCUGCCUGGUUUUCGGGUGAUCUGUGACAAUUCCUUCCAAAGCCAGCCCCUCUAGGUGGCUGGCCUGAAGUUAAGCAUGGGCUCAAGCUAAGCCUUUAAAGCUGUGGCUGCAUCACUCGUGAUUUUUACUACUUAUUGCCUAUUCCUGCUAAUAGAGUCACAGCUGAACUGCGGGCUGUAUCCUGAGCAGGAGCUAUCGGAGGGCAGAAUCCCUCUGGAGGGGAGUGCAGUUUAUAUGCAUUUACGCCAUUUUUUGCCUAUUGUGAGAAAUACUGUUCUCUAGAUGGCCUGAGAAAUAGAAUUUUAAAAUAGUAGCAUUCAUGUACAAAGUGAUUUAACUACAGUUUGUUUUAUGAUCCUUGCCUUGAUUUGAUGUAAUAGAUAAGUAUUUUUUCUGUUUUAUGAAGCCCUAUUUCUGCAAUUCCUUUCCUUAAGCUAGCAUUAAUAUACGAAUAUUGAGUAAUAUUAACUAGUUUGAGAAGUGCAGUUGAACAGUUUGGCAGGAAGCACUGUUAAAGCAAGGUAGCAAUGCAGGAGUCUAACCACGCUUUUCUCAAGUUUUAGUACAGAGGGAUUGGCAAAAUAUGUUAGAACUUCCUGACUGUCCCAUGACCGCUGCAGAGCCUGUGCCGCCGCAGGAUAUCCAUCCGCUGUUCUUGCCCUAGAGUCCUCUACUCACUAGUAGGUUAAGGAUGCUAGACAGCUCUUACUGCAUGUGAUCGUCCCUGUUCAGAAAGGUAUCUCUGAUAGUGUUACUGCUCUCAAAGGAGAGAGGCUGGGUGGGUUUUGAACUGCUCUCUGGCUUGCUGAACAUUUCCGAUCAUGCAUUCAUUUAAGCUUCCUCUAUUAUAUUCCCUAUGAUUUCAAUAUUUGGUGUUUGACUACACUUUGUAAUUGUCAAGUCAGUAUGCUAAGCAUCUGGAAUAUGCAGCAAGUAAGUUUUUGAUAAUGAAUACUAAAUAACUUGAUCUUUUAAGUUUUGUAUAGUUCUGAUUUCCUGAGUGUUGGUAUGAAUGCCUUUUUUUUCCUUAUGUAUUAAUGCUUGCCAGCUUUUUUGUAACAGAACACCCUUGAUCUCAGUUUGACAAGACCGCUCUCUUGGGCUCCCCAAGUUAAGUGACUGCUCUCUCUAAUAGAAAUUAUUUCCCCAUGCUGAAAUUUUAGUAAUAACUAUGAAUACCAGAUGACUUUUUCCAACUGACAUUUAUCUUAUACUUGGAAUUUUCUUUACCCUGAGGCCAAUGCCUGCCACAGAACUGCACAUAAAAUUCCCAUCACUUCCAGCAAGAUUUGUGUAUGCAAAACGCCAGGGUGUAAAUUUCUUGUGGGAUACUACAGCAGCCUGAUGUGAUUACGGUGGUUUUCAUUUUAAUCCCCUAUUUUCAAGGGGGUUUAGUCUAGCCAAAAUCACUUACUGAGAAAUUGAAAUGUGACACAUCCAUUCUCCACUGGGAAGUAUGCUUCUGUUUAAUAAUACUUUUAAAAGAUUGUAUUUAUGAAAACUAAAAGAAAAAUGUCAUGAAGCUAGUUUUGUUGCACUUUUCUAAGGCUUUUGUAUUUUGCAUAGAGUUCUAGAGUAUGAACGAGUUGUUUGGGGAAGCUGAGGUUUCAAAUGUACUCUGCCCCAGCAUCGCAAUGUAUUAUGUGUAUUUUCAUUCUAGUGAAAUGUAUUAUUUUAAUUGCAUGUUAGUAGUGUAUUUAUAUGGUAGUUUGAAAGCCCAGUGGACAUUUCCUGCUGCAGAGGAGCCAUUGGCAGUCUUGGUUCCACAGUUCAUGGAACAUUUUGUUCACAGACUUGUUUUAAGAGUAGACUGCGUUUGCAAUAAUGGAAUAGUGUUUUUGUUUUUUUCCUGAAUUCUGUUUCAGCAAGCGGGGAGAGAAAGGUUCCUCUGCUCUGCCCCAUUGUUGAAAUUUCUCUGGAGGCUUUUACUGGUUCCCAGUUAUUGCGCAUGUUCAGUUAGGAUGAUUACUUGGGAAUCAAUUCAGUAACGAGGGCACAAGUAUACAUAAUACACUCAAGUAAUGAAUUUUUAAGUUACAACAUUUCUGUCUGUUAGAAUCCUUUGUUUUUACAUGUGUAGUAAGGUCAAAUUUACUAUUUUUAAGUAGCACUUUUGUAUUUAUCAUCUGAAGGGUUUUUUGGAAAAAAGUCGUUACUGUAUGUCAUCUAAUAGAAAGAAAAUAUAAACCUACUAAGCAGAAUAUGGGGUAGACACCUCCGGACCAUCAGUUCAGUUUAGGUCAGUAAUAAUUGAGAGUUGUUCGAUGUGUAUGAAAUAAAUCAGUGAUCCCACUUAACAUUGGAUAACUCUCUACAUCAGAGUCAGAAGGGCAUUAAGUGGUACCCUCUAACUCUUGGACGAGGGUACUUUCAGUUCAGGUGUGAGGCAGAAUUGACAGAACAGCGUGGUGAAUUUUGGACUUCCGUGAAAGAACAGGAUUUUAUGGAUGUCUCUCAAUCUAGCAUCACAGCAUUUUAUUGGAUAAAGACUAACCUUAUUUCAAAUGACACCACAGCCAGUAAUAAUAUCUUUCGAAAUAGCUCAUUUAAAGCUCAUUUUCCAUGGCUCUUCCUAUCUAGCCAGCUUUUCUGGCUUGUUUUGGUUUUAUACUCAUUUGAAACAUGACUGUUAGACUCACCUAGCAGUGCUUGUAUGGAUCUAAUAGCUCUUUUUCUAUAUGAGAAGCACUUUUCCUUUCCUACAGAACCCCUUCGAAUAGUUUAUACGCACGCACACACAAAUGUACAUUUAUUUAAACGUGUGUGUGUAUGUAGGUUCUUAAUAAAAGUGAAAAUGAUUCAAGAAACGUUUGAGUCUUGAAAACUUAGGGUGGUCUAACAGCUUACACCUUUAAAAUGUAAGGAGGAAAAGAACAUUCACUCCUAGUUGCAUCUGAGAAAAAUGGUUUGAGGAAAACUUGAAAGUGUGUUCAAAUGGGACUUCACCCUGUUGCUGGUUUGAAAGGCACCACCUGCUCAUCAUUGGAACCUAAAGGGUCAGCAAACAUUUUUAAGCUAAACCUUUUGGAGGACCAAUAUGCUUUUAGUUUGCAAGGACCACUAAAGAUCUGGGCAUUUGCUUUCCCCGUAAUGUAUUCUGUAUGAGUAUUUAGUAUGUAUGCCUUCAAUUUGCCAAUGUUGCCAUGUUUUCUUCUUAAUUAUACAUGAAAUAAAAAUUACAAAUAGCAAAA